AUGAAAUACAAUAAAUAUAAAAAGAACACAAGGAAAAAUAGUUCACUUUCUUCUUUAUCAGAUUACGCCCAUAAUAUAAAGAAGAAAAUGGGCCCUAAAUCUACGUCCCGUUGGGGUCGGAAACUGGAUAAGGAAUCCACUCACAACUUUGGAAAUAUCACAGGAAACGAGGAUAUAGGAGGUUGUAAUCCAGAAUAUAAGUUCCCUGAAUCGUUUUUCGAUGAGCAGGAUGACGGUUACUUCUGGCCACCAAUGUCAGCGGUGAAGAAAACAGGCGAUUUGUACAGAACUUUAAGGGGCAAGGAAGGGGCUCCUUACGGCAAUUACAAGUCUCUGUUAGGGGAGUGGACCAUAGAGAAGGGGACGAUAGCAGUCACCUUCGACAGAAUACAGUCGGAUCCAUUUGCACCUCCGUCCAACGUUAGGGUGAGGGUGUCGCAAAAUGAAGCUAUGUUUCCUCACGACCUCAUUGUGCCGAAAAUAAGAAAUGUGGCCUCCCGAGACUACAUAGCAAGGGGAAUAAGCCAAUAUUUGAAUAAUGUGGAGAGUGGACAGGCAUUUAAAAACUUUGGUAAAAAAAAGGGCUUCCACAUAACAACGCCGUCUCAGUAUGUCUUGGACCGAAAGUCGGUGAUUUUAACACCUGAGUUUGUCGAGGCGAGGCUGUACGUGGAUAUGCCAGCACACGGACGCAGAAUUGACGGAAGACAAGCAGCUAGGCUGUUUGACGAGGUUUUGCCGAAGAUAUGUAAAAAUCUCAUGUAUUUUGAGUCGUACGAAAAAGGAAAAUUUUACAAACACGUAGAAUGUAUAGAGGACCAGCAAAGUUUGAGAAACUCGUUGGAAAGGUUGGGACUGGUUGCUUUUGUGGCCAAUGGAUCAAUUUUGCCAAGGCUUAGUGGGACGAGUGAUAAACCUAUGAAGUCGCCUGACGUAAAAGUAUUCAAAUCGCCUAAAAACCUUGAGGUGACAAUUAAAACGCCAAAUAGAGGAGACGUGGUUGGCAUGGGAAUUAAGGCUGGAGUAUCCGUGAUCGUUGGAGGAGGAUACCACGGAAAGACCACGCUGCUUGAGUCCCUUCAGCUGGGCGUGUAUAAUAAGGUGCCUGGGGAUGGAAGGGAGUUUGUGGUGACGUCCCCGAACUGCGUGAAGAUAAGAGCUGAGGACGGUAGGAGCGUAAAUAGGUUGGACAUAUCCACGUUCAUUGGAAACCUUCCAAACGCCAAGAGCUGUACCGACUUUAGCACCAAAGACGCCUCGGGAUCAACGUCGCAGGCAGCUGGGAUCAUGGAAUCCCUCGAGAUGGGCGCAGACCUCCUGCUGAUAGAUGAGGACAUUUCAGCCUCAAACUUCAUGUACAGAGACCAGCUGAUGGACGAGCUUGUUUCCAAGGACAAGGAGCCAAUCACGCCCUUUUUAUCCCUAGUUAGGCCGUUUUACGACAAGUUGAAGGUCUCGACGAUCCUGGUAUCGGGGUCCUGUGGCCUUUUUACGACGCAGGCGGACCUGGUGCUGCAAAUGGACGAGUACGAGUGCCUGGACGUGACUGAAAGGUCAAAGCAAUUAUCCUCAAACCAUGGAGCAGAUUCACUGCCAAAGGUAAGUUUUGAAAUCUGUGCUUUGUCUGCUUUUUCCGUAUUGUUUGAUAGUAUAAAUCUUGACUCAUUGAAGCUGUUCAACGGUACAAUAAAGUCGAGGUUGAUUGGGAAAGCAACCUUUGCUAGGUCGGACAGGAAGGUUAAACAGCGCGGCCUGGACCGGAUUUCGUAUGGCGUAGACGACAUCGACCUCAGAUUAGUUGAGCAGCUGGUGGAGGUGGGACAAACCUGUACAAUAACAAACAUCUUGAUGUACCUUGAGGACCUGUAUAGGGGUCCUCAGGAGCCAAAGAGGACUCUUCGUGAACUUUUGGAAGAUCUGUACCAAAAAUGGAAUACCAGUACCCGUAAGUUGAAAGUUUUUUCAACCUGGUUAUUCUAG